AUGGAUAAUAUUAUUUCGUGGAAUUUAUGUAGAUUAAGGGGAUAUCGAGUGAUAACAGGGGAAUGUGAUGGGUAUCAAGGGAUUAAGCGGGAUUUGGGCUUAUUAUCGUGGGAUUUGGGUGAAUUGGUUGCCGCUCAAAAAUUAAAGCAACUCCAAAUUGAUCAAAGUAAGGAACGUAUCCUUCAACAACAAAAUCAAGAAAAACAAAAAACACAAUCGACAACAAUAGAAAAACAAUUAACAAAAUUGAAAGCAGAAAUGCAUGCAAUGGAAGCGGUUUUGGAGAGAAUGAAAAAUACAGAAGGGUUAGAAGAUGAUGAUUUUGGGGAAGAAAAGGAAGAAGGGAAAAAUAAGGAAAAUGAAGGAAAGGCUGAAAUUAAAGUUGAAAAAAUCCAAAAUCAUAAAAGAAAUGAAGGAAAAACGGAAAUAAAAAAUGUUAAGGAACAAUCAAAUCGAGAAACAACAACAAAACUUCCAGCUACCCCAAAAAUUGUUUUACCAAUAAAAGUUGAAAACAAUAAAAAUCAUAGGCAUAUAAACAAUCCUAGACCUGUUCCAAUAUUAAUUGGAGAUCAAAAAAUAAUUGUUUCAUCAGCUGCUAUACCUCAAUUACCUUCUAAAAAGCCCUCGCUUCCUUUAAAUAAUUCUUUUGUUCAGAAGAAAAAUAACAAUAAAGAACAACAAACAAUUUUAACAACAACAUCAAAACCUAUACUUUUUAUGAAAACUUCAAUUCAGAGAAGAAAUAAUAGAGGAAAUUUAAUUUCAAAUAACAACACAAAUAUUAAUAAAAAAAUUAUUUUGACUGAAAAUCCUGGUUCAAUAUGGCUAGAUGGAAGCAUUCCUCGAGUUGGUUCAACAGCCAAAUGGAGUGAUUGGACUGAUUGGGGGGAAUGCUUUUGUGGGAAACAAAUGCGAUGCUCAGGCAAAUCAUACGAAAGCAGAUCUUGUAUAUCUACCACAGAGCAAUGUCCAACAACAAUUCCACCCAUUCCCCCUUCUAAACAACUUCAAUUAAUUUCUAAAAAAGAAAAACCUUCUUUAAAUAUUUUGAGAAGGACUUCUUUAAGUAUUGGGCCUUUAACAAAUGUGGAAGAUUUUAAAAAAGGAAGUGAAGGUCAAAAUCAUCAAAGGCUUUCGGAGAAUGAAAUUUUAAGGCAUAGACAUCGCCUUUUUCUAGCUCAGAGACACAGAAUGAUGAGAUAUAAAAAUUAA